CGAGGGUGGGAGGGGGGGAGCGCGUCAGCCAUUCGUAGGCGUCUGCUGGCUUCCGAUGUUAACUCCAAAUAAUCUAUACGUUACAAACAAACCGGAGCCCUUUUAGGAGCCAGAAAAAAAGAGGAGUUUUAUUGGAGCGUUACAAAAAAAAAAAAAAAAAAAAAAAAAAAAAAAGGCGCUUUUUGCGGGGAUCUUGGAGGAGACCUUCGCUUGUAUCACUGUAACAUCCAGGAUGUCUGUGAGCAUGUCGCCAUCCUCAGCUUCACCGGCCAUGAAGAGUAGGCCUACAUUGACCCCUCUUGCUAUUUCCUUCUCCGGAUCAGAAGCCUGAAGACAGAAGGUGAAAACACAAGAAUCAGGCACAGCAGUGGCAGCCAGCCGGGCCGACGAUCCGAGUGUUUCCUGGCUUUGAUGCGACCCGAGUGCGCCUGGAGCAUGUCCACAGUGGGGCUGACUGCCCAGGAGACAUCUUUUCCCAUAGAACACCCCUUCCUGCGGGGCAGCUACUGUCACAGCAUGGCUGGAUCCAAGUCAUUGUGGAGCUAUACCCACGACAUGGACAACUUCUACUUCACUAUGAAAUCUGCACACACAGAUCGCAGCUCUCAUGGACAGCACAGGAGUCCGCCCUUGCUAAGCUAUCAAAGACAUAAACACAGUUCCAGCACCCAAAAAUUACCUCCCAAGAAGUCACGGCCUUCCCAUCUCUCCCUAUCCUGCGGCGCCGAACCUACCACGCCGACUCCGGCCGACGGCGAACAGGCGGUCCCUUCAUUACAACGGCUCUCCUUUCACGAGUGCAGCAGUCCGCCGCAGACUCCGGACAGGUGCUCCAAGCCUCUGCCGCCCAUCCCGCCGCACGGCAACGUCUCAUCCGAGCAGGCCAUGGACAACGAUGUGGAGUUCUUCACCUGCACGGACGAGAGCUGCUGCCUGGUGUCUCAUCAGUGUUCCAAACCCUCUCCCUUUCAUACGGGACUUACCGGUCGAAGAAGCUUCAGAGACUGCGGACAGAUUAACCAUGCCUACUACGACGGGCCUUUAGGACCGCAAAGCCCGAGGCAACCCCAACCUCAGCAGCUUCCCGCGCAUCCCCCGCAGCAGAAGGAAGUGCACGAGCGUGGACGUCAGGAAUUACCGGCGGUCUGCCAACGGCAGCAGGACAAAGCUCAAAGGAGACUACAGCGCUCUCACUCCGGACCAGCCGGAUCCUUUAACAAGCAUUCCCUACUGCGCCUCAACUAUCACAAUCGCUCCGCCUACAACGCGGAUCCGUCGGCGGUUCCUCCGCCGAUCCCGCCACGGCUCAAGUCAGCAGAUAGAGACACCCGCCGCUGGUCAGCAGAGGUGUCGUACAGCGACGAGGACAAACCGCCAAAGCUGCCCCCGAGGGACCCCUUGUCCUUGGGCAGCUUCCGCACCCCCAGCCCCAAGAGCCUUCCGACGUACUUCAACGGCGUGAUGCCCACCACCCAAAGCUUUGCACCGAACCCCAAAUUCGUCAGUCGGGGUUUACAGAGACAGAACAGCGAGGGCUCACCUUGCAUCCUGCCUAUCAUGGACAAUGAGGGGAAAAAGGACAGCAACACUCAUUACUACCUGCUGCCUCACCGGCCCACGUUUGCAGACUCCAAGUCUGUGGAAAAACUCCUGCUGCCUAUGGACAACCCGGACUCUGACUGGGACUGCCACACAAGGCGGAAAGCAUCCGUGGAUCCAGUUUGAGGAUACUCGCCACUCUCCAAACCGCUGCUUUCAGUUUUGAACCCGUUCGGGGUUGAACGACACAGGGUACGCGCGCACUGUAUCCAGUUACUGCUGACGCAGCCUGCCAGAGGUUGCGUUCAACGCCGUUGAAAUUUAGAUUAUUUUUUUCUUCAGAUUUUCACAUCACUCGAAAAGAUUUUAUAGUCCAUAAAGGUACAAGCGGGCCUUGAACCUCUCUCUCUCAGUGUUUAGUGUCUGGAAGGUUGACCGUGAUGUGUUGGGGCUUUUGUUUGUUUAUUUUUUUUUUUUUUAAAUGCUGCUUUUUAUCUCACUAGGGACAAAAGGUCAGUAAUGUAACCAUGUGACAUUUACUAGGGAUGGGCAUACUCGUCGAUAAAUCACCUCUUAGGUUAAAUCAAUGUUAUAUCGAGUGCGCUGCUUAGUGGCAAACGGGAGAGCCGCCGUUGAUUCGGUUUCAACUGGUUUUGCUGGCUAAAGUGGAGUUAAAAAGUCAGUUUUCAAACUAAACGAGGGACUACCUAAAAAUAAAGGUAGCUCUGCAAGUACUACCAUGACUAAGUGUCAUCAAAUGCAGUCACGUGUUAGGUGUUCAUCAAAAAAAAAGGCAGAGGUUUUACGUCUAAAAACAUUUUGUAAUUUAAUUUCAUUGUAAGCCACUGUAACAUUAUGGACAGUUUUAACAUUAACGCUUCGCUUAAAUAUAGGACAAUAAUAAAAAAUAUAUUUUUUAAAAUGUAUUGCAUAUAAAAGUUCAAUAAAACAUUUACCUAAAUCAAUGUAAAAUCGAAAACUUCUAAAAAAUUAAAUGCAAACUUAUUGUACUUAAAAGUUACUGUACUGGAUUAAAAGAAAAUUUAAGGCACUGUGACAUUCAUUAUGCACAGUUUGAAAAUGAAAUUUAGUGAUUAAUUCGCAUACCACUAGAGGGAGCUUGCGUACCACUAGUGGUCACUUUCAGAAUCAUUCAUUUACUCAAUACGACUCUGGCAUGGAAAGAACAUUCAGAACAUCCAUCCAUCCAUUUUCUGAGCCGCUUCUCCUCACUAGGGUCGCGGGCGUGCUGGAGCCUAUCCCAGCUGUCAUCGGGCAGUAGGCAGGGUACACCCUGAACUGGUUGCUAGCCAAUCGCAGGGCAGAUAGAAACAAACAACCAUUCGCACUCACAGUCACACCUACGGGCAAUUUAGAGUCUCCAAUUAAUGCAUGUUUUUGGGAUGUGGGAGGAAACCGGAGUGCCCGGAGAAAACGCAUUCAGAACAUUCAUUUAUGGAAAAAAAAAAAAAAAAAAGAACAUUUUCCCCCAUAGUCGCACAAAGAAAUUCAGCCCAUCCCUAAAAUCUGAAGUCAUUUUAGGGUCAAAUGAAGGAUUAUCGCACUCGAGUAUCUACUGUAUAUGAGGGUAUGAUUAUCAUCAUUGUUUUUUAUAACGCAUAAAUCACCAGAUGUUUUUUUUUUUUUGUUUUUCCCCCAACUCGUAAGCGCUCGUAGCUUUGCGUGUGCCCACGGGAAAGUCAAGUGCAGCAGCCGUAUCAGAUCCGUAAAAGAACUCUCCAGGGUUCAUCUGCCACCUUUGUUAUUUUAAAAAAUAUUUUUUUGCUUUUUUACAUGCAACCCAGCGAGCGUGGGGUAUUUUGCCAUAACUGUGUGCGCGCUUUCCCGUAUAAAAUGGUUUGGCAGACGUGAGUGUCAGGCAUUAAGGCUUUACACCAUCUUGUCCCAUAUUCUGGCGUACACCAGUUACAGUGGAUAUAAAAAGUCUACACACCCCUGUUCAAGUUCCAGGUUUUUGUGAUAGAAGAAAAUGAGACUGAGGUUAAUCAGUUCAAAACUGUGAACUUUAACCUGUGCAGUGCAAGGGGAAAAAAAUGAGAGGGAAAGUAAAAAUAAACAACUGAAAUAAUGUGGUUGCACAAGUGUGCACACCCUCUUAUAACUGGAGAAUGAACCAAUCACAUUCCAAUUUAUGUUAACUGGGAGUCAGCACACUCCUGCCACAAUUUAAAGCCUUCUGAUUAAUCCCAAAUUAAGUUCAGUUGUUCUAGUGGCCUUGUUGUGUUUUUUGUUUGUUUGUUUUUUUAGUUUUUGUCCCAACGCUGACAGAUAUUUGGAACUAUUUAUAAUUACCCCCCCCCCCCCCCCCCCCCCCCCCCACACACACACACACAUACACCUUGAUUAAGGCUCUAGUCUGAAGAAAUUAUUUAUCUAGAUUUUUUUGGUUGUUGUUUUUUUUUUUUGGAAAUACCACAAAAAAAAAAUUAACAGGGGUGUGUAGACUUAUGGCUCGGACACUGCCUCCAUAAGGCGAAAAAUUGCCCAGGCAGACUCCGUCCGCCCAUUUCAUGGAUGGAAAAAUCACGACUAGAACAGCCAGUGUCCAUCGUCCACUGAGUGUCGUUUGUCUGGGUAUUUUUUUUCCCGCGACCAUACUUGUUACUGCAUUUUUUUCUUUUCUUUCUUUCUUUUUCUUUGUCCUUUUUUUCUUUCUUUUCUUGCUUUUGGAGGUUGCACAGAGAAGCGCCUUGAAGCUGGACAUACACUGUAAGAUAAAGGCACAUGCAACACAGCUAGGAGAAGCACAAUGCUGUGCUCUUAGGGUUGUUUUUAGCAUUAGCAUUCCUAGUCCACAUACGAUGGAAAAAAUGCAUUGAUUUGUUUUGACAGUUGGCAACAAUUUGUAAGCGCUCUACUGACAGCUAGUGGACUUAAGCGGUACAAAUGAACCCUUCAAUCGUUAGUUUUGAAGUUCAAGCCCUUAUGUGAGAGUUGCAAUUUAAAACGAACGCUUUGAACAUUGUAUGCCCAGCUUUAGUGAAUGUAAUCUUACUGAAAUUAUUAUUUUUUUAAAAAUAUAUUUAGUGGUCAAGCUGUGAGACAUUGUUUAGAAAACAUUUGCUACCUCCCUCGAUAUGAAUCCUCCAUUUCACAUUUCUGCCUUUUUCGGUGGGAUGAUCUUUUUAUUUUUUUAUUUUUAUUUUUUUGGCUGAACAACUACAAAGGAGUGUUAGGGUCACACGGAAAAGAAAUACAAUAUUACGUAAAGAAUAAAUCAGCGAUGGUUAAAACAUUGUAAUAUGAGAAUGAAGUCAUUUUUUUUAGUUCAAAAAAGGGUAAAACUAUGAGAAUUAAGUUGAAGUCACAUUUUUUUUCGAGCCAAUGUAAUAUCAUAAGAACAUUUGAUCUAAGAAAUCUGACUUUUCUCAAAACCACAACUUCAUUCUCGUAAAAAAAGAAAUUUAGCUUAAGAGUGACUUUUUUUUGCAAAUGGUUUAGACAUUUUUCUUCAAAAAUUGGAUUUUAUUCUCAUUAAUAGUAUAUAAAAAAUACUAAUUAUAUAUAUAUAUAUAUUAAAAGAAAGACUAAUACUCCUUGGUAAAACAACCAAACGACAAAUGUAUGGGGUUCAUUGUGUGCAUGCGAGAGGACGAGUGUUGUGGGUUUACCUCCGGGGUGUGCGUGGAAACAGUCUUUCCUGUUCUGCUCAUGCAUUCCUGCCUGACAUGAUUGCAGUGGGUGUGGCCUGAGAGACUUUGGCUGCUGGCAGCCGACAGAGAGAGAAAACAUGAUAGGAAUAUAUAUAUAUAUAUAUAUAUAUAUAUAUAUAUAUAUAUAUAUAUACAUGAAUUUUUAUUGUUCUUGCCUUACCCAAUGGACACAUGAGGAUGAUAUUGUAAAUGUAGCACACGUAUCGAAGAACACGGUGUUCACUUUGGGGGAAAACUGCUAACUAAGGUCAACCGGUUAUUGAAGCGUACAUGUUUAUUUAAAAAAAAAGCGUUCCUUUUUUAUUUUUUUUUUAGUAUUUCUGCUCACAAACACAAUGUUGCUUGGACUUUAAAAGUCCCCCCACCCCCACCCGUCCUCAGAGAAAAAAAAAAUGUUUACAUCAUACACUGGUACUAUUUAAUCUUAAAAGGUAUUCAAAUGUCUUAUUAUAGGAAAUAAAAACAACAACUGAAGACUAAAUAACUUCUCUGCUGUGGUGAAGACAUGCACUGGGAGAGUACAGUAUGCUGUGUACAGUAUUUAACGAUUCCAUUUGUUUGUUAUACAUAGUCGUUAGAAAGCAAAAUAAAACCUUAUUUAUAUGUA